AUGUCUUCUCGCUCCGCCACCCCUGUGUCGACGCCUUCGCUCGUCAACCGCCGUCUCUCCUCUCUGCUCGUGGUCCUCGAGGCUCCGCCGACCGCCGACGCCGCGCUCGAUGUGGUCGAAGAGUGGGCGCAAGACUUGUCGCCGCUCGUCCUUGCCUAUCGCAAGGCCUUGGGCGCCAUCCGCGACGAGGAGACGGAGCUGCGCGUCGCCGCCGCCGUCAAGCAACUCGCCGAGCGGGCGUCGGAGUCCUGGGUCGAGUGGGCGCGCGGUGACUGGCCCGAGCUCGCGACCGCCAUCGACACCGAGGUCGAACGACGCGUCGAAGAGCAGAAGCGCCUCGCCGAAGAGGAAGCACGACGCGUCGAAGAGGCCGCGAAGCGUGUGAAGGCCGCCGAGGACCGUCGCCUCGAAGACGAACGGCGUCGAAAGGACGAAGAGGACCGUCUCAGGCAGGCCAAAGACGAGCGUCGCGCACAAGAGGCUGCCGACGAGGAGUUGGCGCGGAUCGCGGCCGCCGAAGGACUCCUCCCCGACCCUGCGACUGCCGGUGUCGACAAGGGGAAAGGGCGCGCGAGGGUCGAUGACGAGGUCACUGAGUUGUCGGAUGACCCUUCGGUCAAGACUCCUCGGACGGUCGAACGUCCGUUCGCGAUGACAGAGGUCGACAUGGCCGCCGCUGCGAUUGUGAAGCGCCAGGCUGGACAAAAGUGCGAUCGUUGCGCCGGCUACCGCUCGGCCCCGGUCGAGUGCGUGUGGGUCGAGAACGCUACGACCUGCGAGAGGUGCGCGCAGUUCCAACAGGGCUGCUACUUCGACAAGGUGUCUGUCCUGGGCAAGACAAAGAAGACGCGCGGCGGGGGAUCAACCACCAAAAAACGCAUUCAGCCGACUUCUCCUGUGCCUUCGGUCGCGGAAUCGAGUGGUUCGAAGAAGCGUCGCGUCGACGAGCCUCCGCGCCCCCUGCUUCGACUGCCUCUCGAUGGGGCCGGCCGCCUUGGCCUUGAACAGGACGACCUCGAUGCGCUCGACCUCGACGACGAAUCUCGGGGGAUAAUUCGCGUCAUCCGCGAGGAGCGCGCUCACAUCGCUCGCCGUCGAGCGCUCCUCCACGACAUGGACCUCGACCUCCAGAAGAUGGAGAAGGCCGCGCUUGCGAAGGGAGGAAUCGGUUUUGUGCGCGGGGCUGUCGACGAUGAGUAG